AUGAAAUCCUUCGCUUCAACUCUUGCUCGCAUCAAUCGUCAUAGCAGAAUCUCAACAAUUUCUUCUAUUCGUUCUUUCCACUCAUCAAGAGCUUCCCUUUUGGACAUUAAUAUUGAAGAUGAUUUUAAAAAGUUUGAAACUUUGGCCGAACAAGGAAAGUCUGCUGAAGUUAUUAGUAUCAUCAACAAGGACCAAUUAGAUGGUAAAAUUACAUAUAAAAACGCUUGGAGAUAUAUUCGCGGAUAUGCUCUCUUGAAGAAGGAAGCUGAAGCUGAACAAUUAUAUAACCAAUUUAUUGAUGUUAUUAAUCCUGAUGAUAAAAUCUCGUUGAUUUAUCACUACAAUGCUAUCCUCAAUGUUUACAUCAAUACUCAAAAUACUGACAAGGCUAGUAAGAUUUUCCGUCAAAUUCCAAAGAUUCCAAAGAAGGCUUUCGAAGAAUUGUUGGCUCAACAAAAGAAGUAA